AUGGCCGCCGACAAGCAACCCACAACGGCGGAGAAGCCCGAGCAGCCCCAGACCGCACAGAAGUCCGCCGCCGCGUUGGAGGAGGACGAUGAGUUUGAGGACUUUCCAGUGGAGGACUGGCCCGCCUCCGAGACCGAGGCCGCCGCCCAGCAACAAGCCGCGGCCGGGGCUGCGAGCGCCGCGACCGAGGGCGAGGGCAAGGGGGACAACCACCUGUGGGAGAAGUCGUGGGACGACGACGACACGUCGGACGACUUCAGCGCGCAGCUGCGUGAGGAGCUGAAGAAGGUCGAGGCCGCCAAGAGGAGAUAG